UGUCGCCCAGAGACCAGCCAAUGUAAAACGCGUGGAGGCCGCUGUUGGCUCGACCGUUGGACAAGAUCCCCACGUCCCUUUUCUCCCUUCUCUGGAAAUCUGCAAGGCUGCGAAUCUCACACACUGAUUCACUGCCAAUCACCACCGGCUGAACAACAUUUGACACUCAGCUUUGCUGAAUCGAACGACACAUCUGCAACGGCCGCAACCAGCUUGUCAGCGUCCCCCCGCACCAGCACCGCCAGAGAUUCUGCGACAAACGGAGUCCCAGACGAGCAUACCUCUCUCUCCCCCCUCUGUGCAAGCGAGCGCAAACAACAAAAACCAUCAAUCUCAACCAUGGGUGCCGCGUCCGCAGUCAUUCUGGUGCUCAUCACCAUCCUCUUCCCUCCCGUAGGCGUCUUCAUGGUCGCCGGCUGUGGUGCUGACUUGUGCGUCAACAUUUGUCUCACAUUGCUUGGAUACUUGCCAGGCCACAUCCACGCAUUCUACAUAGAGUAUGUCUACUAUGACCGCAGGGAGCAGGCGCGCGAGGGCCGCUUCGCCGCGAGUCGCGCUCCAGGCGUGUACUCGGACCGUGUCCAGACUGGCGGCCAGGGCUACGGCACGAUGAAUCCUGCUCCUCCUACUGGACACCAUGGCGGCGGUCCUGCGGCUCCCGCAUACAACUAGGUUCACCUUUGGAGAAUGGAAGGGCAUACGGGGAUGUGGGGGUGGGAGAAGAGCUCGGAAAAUCGCUCCUUGAGGAGGGUGAUCUUCGUGAACGAAGGGUGGUGUCGUUCUCGUCGAGGGUUAUAAGGGACAUAUCAUAUGCCAGGGGCGGAGUGGAGUAAUGGAUCGUGCUGGGUUACUUCUUGCAGUUCACGCCUUACAAGGUCAUGAUUCUCGGAGAAGGACAAAGCCCUCGAGAGAUUUAAUUAAAUUGAUGUCUUUGAACAAGCC